AUGGCUGAACCUGUUGCGCAACACGCUAAUGGAACCGUACAAAAUGGUGAGGCCGCGCAGGUGACGCGAGGCCCCAAUGAUCGCUUCAGCCUCAUCUCGGGUCCCCUCCUCAACCUGAAGAACAUGCACUACGACUCCGCGACGGUCUGGCAUGGCAGUGUUUUGGUUGUCACAAAGCCAGGCCAGGAGCAACCACAGUUGCGCCUGCGCCAAGUGGGUCCCGUGAGCGACGGAGUCCAGAACGAAGGCGACAUUGGACAAAAGAGCCAGACAGUGGAAGGUCUGAAGCUUUACGAAGAUCCCGAGAAGGCCUUCUGGCGUUUCUCCUUGGCUGUGCCAGUCGAGGUCUUCGAGGCGCGCUGGGCCUAUGACAUCCCCGGUCUGUACAACGAGUCCGGCGACCAAGGCACGAAUUCAUGGACGUUUGUGGUUCCAGCUGAAGAGCAGUCGAUGCGAAUCAUGUUCCACUCUUGCAAUGGAUUCUCUGUCGGCACCGACAUGAACGCCUGGGUGGGACCUAACCUGUGGAACGAUGUGAUGCGCGUGCAUGGCGAGAAACCCUUCCACGUCAUGGUUGGCGGUGGUGACCAGAUCUACAACGACGGUAUCCGUGUCGACGGUCCUCUCAAGCCUUGGACUGCCAUUGGUAACCCGCAUAAGAGACGUAACCACAACUUUGACAACAAGAUGCGCGCUGACUGCGAUGAAUACUACUAUGCCAAUUAUGUCCGCUGGUACAACACUGAGCCUUUCCGCACUGCCAAUGGCCAAAUUCCGCAGGUCAACAUUUGGGAUGACCAUGACAUUAUCGAUGGCUUCGGUUCUUACACCGAUCACUUUAUGAAGUGUGCCGUUUUCCGCGGUAUUGGUGGUGUCGCAUUCAAGUACUACUGCUUGUUCCAGCACCACAUCGCUCCUCCAAAGUCGACCUUCACCACCGACGCCCCGCAGACUAUGCAUGCUGUCAAUGGCACCUCCGGUGUGGACCCGCGUCAGGUGGAGAAUGUCUACGUGCUAGAGAACCAGACCGAGGAUGACAGCUGGAUUAUUGGCAAGCGCCCAGGUCCGUAUGUGGAGGAGCGCAGCAGAAGUUUGUAUAUGCGUUUCGGUAAGCGAAUUGCCUUUAUGGGGCUGGACGCCCGCACAGAACGUACCCGCCACCAGGUCAACUACGAAGACACAUAUGACCUGAUCUUCGAUCGCCUACAGCGAGAGAUCGGGGCGGCUGAUGGCGACAUCAAGCAUUUGGUCGUGUUGCUAGGCGUUCCAAUCGCUUACCCACGUCUUGCGUGGUUGGAGAACAUCCUUACAUCCCCGCUCAUUGCUCCAAUCCGUCUACUGAACAAGCGCUUCGGUGUGGCAGGUGGUCUCUUCAACGAGUUCGAUGGUCAAGUCGAUUUGCUCGACGAUUUGGACGACCAUUACACAGCCCGCCAGCACAAGCGCGAGCGCAAGAUGCUCGUCCACCGUCUUCAGGAGCUGGCCCGCGCCAACUCCAUGCGUGUCACUAUCCUCGGUGGUGAUGUUCACCUUGCUGCCAUCGGUCGCUUCUACUCCAACCCGAAGCUUAACCUGGCCGGUGAAAACGACCACCGCUUCAUUGUCAACAUUGUCAGCAGUGCCAUCACCAACAAGCCCCCUCCCAAGGCCGUCGCCAACCUUCUCGCGCGUCGCAACAAGAUUCAUCGCCUAGACCACGACUGCGACGAAACCCUCAUGCCUUUCUUCGAUAAGCAACCCGGUGGCCUGGAGAAGAGCGCCACUUGGAACAAGGUCACCAUGCCGUCGCGUAACUACGCCACAAUUACCGAGGUCAUUGCCCCGACCUCCAACGGAGAGACUCCCUUGGAAACAGCCAAGCUAGAUCGCCUCCCUAAGGAUGGCCAUGCGCCCCUGCACAAGGGUGAGGUUGAUGCCGGUACCACUCAUCGCGCCGCCAAUGGAUUCAGCAGCGAUAGCGGCAUGUACGGAGGCCUCGAUGUUUCCAUUCAGGUGGAAAUCGACCCUCACGACCGUACCGCCGCCACUGAAGGCUAUGGAUUCAGCAUUCCUCCCCUUAUGUCAACCGAGGGACCUCCUCAGGCUCACUCUCGUCUCAGCUUGCACUCGCGCAGGUCGCACCAGGGCCGCCCCUCCACGGCUCACUAA